UCACGGUCACGUGGCUGCAGUUUACCUACUGUCCUGUGCUCUAGCGUCUGGGCGCUGGGAGACCAUGUGACCUGGAAGUGAUUGGCGCGGUUUUGGCGCGCUGGAUAGCGGAGUUGAACACUGAGCACAUUGGUGCGUCAUAGGCAGCAGAAUGCAGGCGUUUCUGAAAGGGAGCACGGCUAUCAGCACUAAGCCCGUGAAGGAGAAGACGUCUGCCUCCACUUCUGGCAGCAGCAGUGACGGCAAGAAGCAGAAGCUCAUUCCAUGGGUGGAGAAAUACCGGCCGAAAUGUGUGGAUGAAGUGGCUUUCCAGGACGAAGUGGUGGCUGUGUUGAAGAAGUCACUGGAAGGAGCCGAUCUCCCUAAUCUUCUGUUCUACGGCCCACCCGGAACUGGGAAAACAUCUACAAUUUUGGCAGCAGCCAGAGAGCUGUAUGGGCCAGAAUUGUUUCGACGGCGUGUUCUGGAAUUAAACGCAUCUGACGAAAGAGGAAUACAAGUAGUUCGGGAGAAAGUGAAAAACUUUUCUCAGCUGACAGUUGGUGGAUCCCGUUCUGAUGGCAAACCGUGCCCCCCAUUUAAAAUCGUUAUCCUGGAUGAAGCCGACUCUAUGACAUCAGCUGCACAGGCUGCUUUGAGGCGCACCAUGGAAAAAGAGUCUAAAACGACUCGAUUUUGUCUCAUUUGUAAUUAUGUCAGUAGGAUUAUUGAACCUUUAACAUCGAGAUGUUCUAAGUUUCGAUUUAAACCUCUGGCAGAUGGCAUACAAACCCAAAGAAUUCUGGAUAUCUGCAAAAAGGAAAAUGUGCAAAUUACAACUGAGGCCGUAAGUCAUCUGGUUGAGGUUUCAGAAGGAGACUUGAGGAAAGCAAUCACAUUCCUACAAAGUGCCACCAGGCUUACUGCAGGCAAGGAGAUUACAGAACAAGUGGUAACUGAAAUAGCCGGGGUGAUCCCUAAGGAAACCUUUGAAAGAGUCUUGGGAGCUUGUCAGAGCGGAUCUUUUGAAAAGCUAGAAAUUGUAGUAAAGAAUUUGAUAAAUAAUGGCCAUGCAGCAACACAGCUUGUAAACCAGCUUCAUGAUAUUAUACUCGAACGAGAAGAUCUGACUGACAAACAGAAGGCAAUCAUUACAGAAAAACUUGCAGAAGUGGACAAGUGUUUGGCUGAUGGAGCAGAUGAAUACCUACAAAUACUCAGUCUUUUUGCCGUUGUUAUGCAACAGAUGACUCAGAACAGCUAAUGUAGUCUCUAUUUCUUGGAGUCACUUUUUUUUUGUAUAAAUGCUAACUUUUUGCUAAAAGUGACUUGGAAGCUUGUUUUCUUUUGGAACGUGUGUAAAUCUUAUUAUUUGUAAGUGAUGUUUUUUCAUAUACAGAUCUUUGACAUACUAGUGAUAUUUGUUACUUGUUUGUGUCGAAGUUAUCACUGCAUCAGGAAGUAGG